GAAAUGCAUUCGACGCAAAUGGAAAACGAAAAACAACGCCCUGGUUAUUGCCAAAAGGCAUUCAAACGUAACAAAACGUUAAUAUUAAAUAUUAACUAAAUCCAAAAUACCUAUUUUCAAACAGACUCAAGUUGUGUGACUGAAAAAUAUUUUUUCAGGCAAGUGAGAGGUCUUUCUUUUUAAACAUGUUCUUCCGGCUGUGUAAUAACUUCCGGUUUUCUACAUGAACACAGUAAUAUGUAAACAACAGUUUUUAACAUGCAUUGACGGAGCCGACUGUACUGUUAGCCAUCCCGAAACUGAAGGCGGAGUCUUUUAAAACCCAAACUAUGGCCGGAGUUAUCCGCAGGCUCGACGAGACGGUUGUUAACCGAAUAGCGGCUGGAGAAGUUAUUCAACGACCUGCUAACGCCGUCAAAGAAAUGAUUGAAAACUGUCUGGAUGCAAAAUCUACCAACAUCCAGGUGACCGUAAAGGACGGCGGACUAAAGCUGCUCCAGAUUCAGGACAACGGCACCGGUAUCAGGAAAGAAGAUAUGACAAUAGUUUGUGAGCGAUUUACCACAAGCAAGCUGCAGACAUUUGAGGACCUCUCUGCCAUUGCAACAUACGGAUUUAGAGGAGAGGCUCUGGCCAGUAUAAGCCAUGUUGCCCAUGUGACUAUAACAACAAAAACCGCUGAUGCCAAAUGUGCCUACAGGGCCAGCUAUAGUGACGGUAAACUAAAAGGUCCUCCAAAACCCUGUGCUGGAAACCAGGGAACACAAAUACUUGUGGAGGAUCUCUUCUAUAAUGUGUCCACCAGAAGGAAAGCUUUAAAAAGUCCCAGUGAUGAGCACUCCAGGAUUGUAGAGGUGGUUAGCAGGUACGCCAUACACAAUUCAGGAAAGAGCUUUUCUGUCAAAAAGCAAGGAGAGACAGUCGCAGACGUGAGGACUUUACCCAAUGCGUCUGUGGUGGAUAAUAUUCGAGGAGUUUUUGGCAAUGCAGUCAGCAGGGAGCUGAUUGAAGUUUCCUGCGAGGACCAGAAGCUAGCUUACAAGAUGAAGGGCUACAUCUCCAAUGCAAACUACUCUGUCAAGAAAUGCAUCAUGGUCCUCUUCAUCAAUCCUUGCCAUUCUUCAGACCGUCUGGUGGAGUCGAGCACUCUGAAGAAGGCGGUGGAAACGGUUUAUGCUGCAUACCUGCCCAAGAAUACACACCCCUUUCUUUAUCUAAGUUUAGAGAUUGCCCCUGAGAAUGUAGAUGUGAACGUGCAUCCAACAAAGCAUGAGGUGCACUUUCUGCACGAGGAUGGCGUCAUCGAGAGCGUUCAGAAACACGUCGAAGACAAACUGCUGGGCUCCAACUCCUCGCGUACAUAUUUCACUCAGACGUUGCUUCCCGGGCUGUCUGUGUGUAGUGGAGGUGAGGUCAAAUCGUCCAGCGCCACGUCCGAGUCCACAGAGCGAGUCUACGCCCAUCAGAUGGUGAGGACGGACUGUCGAGCUCAGAAGCUGGACGCCUUUCUCCUGCCAAAAGAGAAGCAGCUUCCCGAGCCUGAACCUGGCGGUCCAAGCGACGUGGAGCCCAAUGCCAUGGCGGGCAAGUCUGAUGGCGUAGAGAUGGAUGAUGUUGACAUGCUGGAGGCUCUGGACCAGAUGGAGGCUGAGCUGCCGAAGAAGGACAAAGACAGCAGCACCAAAGUCCAUGAUGUCCAGAGGAAACGUUCCAGGGAGGAGGAGCAGGCGAUGGAGGAGGAGGAGCAGGUGGUAGAAGUUGGAGAGGAGGAGCUGACGGCUGCAUCCACACCUAAGAGACGAGUCAUUAAACUGGGCAGCAUUAAAGAUCUGAGAGGAGAGAUCAGCCAGAACACACACAAAGGUCUUCAGGAGAUGUUGCAAAAUCACUCCUUUGUGGGCUGCAUCAACCCUCAGUGGACUCUCAUCCAGCAUCACACCAAACUCUACCUGCUGGACACCACACGACUCAGCCAGGAACUCUUCUACCAAAUCCUCAUCUACGACUUUGGCAACUUUGGUGUCCUGAGACUAUCAAGCCCAGCUCCUGUUUAUGACUUGGCCAUGUUGGCUCUGGACUUGGAGGAAAGUGGCUGGACUGAAGAGGACGGCCCCAAAGAAGGCUUGGCUCAGUAUAUUGUGGAGUUCCUGAAGAAGAAAGCAGAGAUGCUGGAGGACUACUUCUCCAUGGAGAUAGAUCAAGAGGGAAAUCUUCGAGGACUACCUUUGCUGCUUGACAAGUACACUCCGGUCAUGGAGGGCCUGCCCAUGUUUAUCCUCCGCCUGGCAACAGAGGUGAACUGGGACAACGAAAAAGAAUGCUUCCGAGACUUCAGCAAAGAGUGCAGCAAGUUCUAUUCCAUCAGGAAGCAAUACAUCCUGGAGGCGGAGCCUGGAGAGGAGCAGGACCCGGAGCUGAAUUCAUGGCGAUGGAAAGUUGAGCAUGUGGUGUGUAAGGCACUACGUACUCUCAUCAGUCCUCCCAAGAGCUACAGCGAGGACGGCACAGUGCUGCAGAUCGCCAACUUACCCGACCUUUAUAAAGUGUUUGAAAGGUGUUAAAAACUUGAAAUGAAAUACCUCAUUUAUUGAUGCUUUUGGGUCAAGUGUUUUUUCAGUGUGGUAAAGAAUGAAGAGCCGCAAGUUUAAAGUGCGUCAGCUUUGACCACAUCAUUACCAUUCCCCCCCCAAACAGACUGGAUGGAAUGUAUGCACUCACUCCUGGUGUGCCAUGCCAAGAAUAGGGUGGAAAAAUCAAGGACUGACCAAAGUCUCCACAGGAGGGGACUGAAAAAAAAUGUAAUUUCAAUCAAUGUACGCCACUGCUUUGAAAUAAAGAGGCACGGUUUUGUAAAUUA